UUAACAGAAAGAGGAAGUUUUAUGUCACCAGCUGUGCGUGCUCGCAUGCUGGGUCUCCAGAGCUCAGCCUGCGCUGUAAGGAGAAGACCUCUGAGCUCUGAUGGACGUAUACCGGGAGGCUGUGGGUUAUCUGGAGUCACAACACAUACCAGUAGAGGAAGCAGAGAUGGAUGUCUUGGAGGAGGAUGUGUUUCAGGAGGAGGCAGUGUCCUGUCUUCUCUCCCCUCUCCAAGCAGAGAGCAUAGACUUCCCGGACACCCCUACGUCAUGCAGCCUGGAGGAGAUGUUGGAGAGGAGGCUUGUGGUUCUGAAGGGCAUCCUGGAGAGUGAGGAGGUUUAUCUCAGAGAGCUGGAGGCACUGCUGAUGCCCAUGAAGGCUCUGCGGGCCUCUGCUGGGACCUCCCAGCCGGUUCUGUCCAGUCGAGAGGUCCAGACUGUUUUCUACCAGGUGCCUGAGCUCAGGGACAUGCACCAAAGCUUCUACACUGGCUUGAAGGCUCGGCUGAACGCUCACUGCCAAACAGAUUCGAGCCCGGGUGAGGAAAAAGAAAUGAGCCACACGGGCUUUGAGCUGAUGGUGGGGGACCUGUUUCUGAAAAUGGUGAAUCAGAUUGGUGUGUACGGUGGUUUCAUUGGAAACUACGAGGAAGCUCUUGAAGUUGUUCAGAAGUGCACGCAGUCAGACCCACGCUUCCGAACUCUGGCUGAGAGCAUGAUGUCAACCAACGGUGCAGACAGAGCUCGAACCACAUACACAUUUGAAGCUCUACUGUACAGGCCUUUGGACAGAGUGACCAAAACCACACUUGUGCUGCGUGACCUCCUUAAGACGACACCAGUGGAGCAUGGAGAUUACAUAGCCUUACAGGAAGCCUUGAGAUUGUCCCGCAGCUUCCUGUCAGGUGUCAACGAGAGUUCGCAGUGCAAACGGGAGGUCAUGCUCAGUCAUGGCAUGAGACGUCAACUGAUGCGUGAUGGCUUUGUGGUGGAUAUGAGCGAGGGGGAGCGCAGCUUGCGUCAUCUCUUUCUUUACACCGACCUCCUGUUGUGCACCAGAUUCAAACAUGCAACUAGAGGGAAGCAGGAUCAGUACAGGUUCUGCUGGUACCUGCCUCUCGCUGGUCUCAAACUGCACUGGGUUGCAGAUCAGGAGCGACCGUCCGACACACACCUCCGCUUACACACCAUAAGAACCAAGACGUACUUCCUCCGACAGCAGCUACAACAACAAGCAAAGGGAACCAGGGGCGCCAUCUUGGCAGCUCGUAACAGGAAGAAGCUGGAGCAAAUGGAGCUGAUGCUGCUGGCACACUCCCCUGUUUACAGGCUGGAGCUGCACAGCCCCAGUGAUAAGAGUCACACUCUCCUCUUCUCCUCAUUAUACGAACUUGAAGAAUGGAGAGAGGCCAUUCAUAAACUCACCACAGAUAACAUAGAAACUGUCCCUCCAGACUUGCUCACUCUCACUGGUGCAUGUGUGAAACUGAGAAUGACCCAGCAGCCACCACUACAAAGCUCCAACACUGAGGACAAGGAGUCAUUGUGUGGGACUCUGAGUGUGGCGAUUCACUCUGCCUGUGGCCUGCAGCAACCAAGCUGUGUUUAUGUUUGUGUGGAAGUGGAUGGCUAUGAGUUUUACGACAAACAGGCCCAAACACACUCUUCGGUCUGCAGCCUCAACCCACACUGGGACCAGGAGCUGUCUUUCCAGGUGGACGGGGCUCAGAGCCUGAGGGUGCUCUGUGUGAGUCAGUCUGAAAAGCAGGAUGAUACUGUGCUGGGAAAAACUACGUUAAGGUUGGACACUAAUUCCCUGAACAAGCGAUGGAGGAGACAGACCCUGCAGCUUGGCCAAGUGGAGGUGACCCUGUCCCUUAAGUACAGUCCCCACCCGCUUGAGCCGCCCAGCUCCACAGCUCAACAACAGCCUGUCUUCUGUGUCCCUAUUGAAACUGUGGCCCAGCAGGAGGGAGUGCUGGUUCCCCAUGUGGUGCGAUGCUGUGUGGAGGAGCUGGAGAGGAGAGGCAUGGAUGAGGUGGGAAUCUACAGGAUUUCAGGAACCGCCAGUGAAAUCGGCAUGCUCAAGGCUGCGUUCAACAGCAAUCUGCGUGAAGCAGUAACCAGGCUGAGAAGUGCAGAGGUGAACGCCGUCUCUGGUGUUCUCAAACUCUACUUCAGAGAGCUGCCCGAGCCUCUCAUACCCACUGAGCUGUUUCAGGGUCUGGCCAGGACACUGGACAUCCAGGACAUGGACUCACGCCUCGUCUCCAUGCUGACCCUGCUACAGUCGUGUCCUGACGCGAACCGCCACACCUUCCUUUACCUCAUGCACCACCUCCAACGAGUCGCUGGGAAGCAAGACAUCAACAAGAUGUCUCUGCUGAACCUGGCUACAGUGUUUGGUCCGAGCCUGUUACGCCCCCCUGUGGCUGGACAUGGACAUUAUGACUUUGCUGUAGAUAUCUCCCAGGAGGUGGUGGUACAGGUCCAGGUGGUUUACUGCUACCUGCAGUGCAGCUACCUCCCUGAAGCCCAGAUCUCUGGGCCACACGAUGACACAGACCCUGAAGAUGAGACCACCCACAUGUGAGACCACCAUCAGUGUCAUGGCUGGCAGGAAAUGCAAAUAGUGUGUGUUAAAAAAAAAAUCUGGUCAAGAACUGUAAAACAAUAAAUAUAUUUAUUGAUGGAAAUAUGGUCUGUGUGUGUGUGUUUUAAUA